GGAGGCUUGGAAGUUGGACCCUCCACACUAAUAAUAAUUGAAAUUUUAAUUGAUCAUCAUAUUAUAUAUCAUUUAUUAUAAACAAUAAAUAAACGUAAAUAAAAACAAAAGUGGUUUUCGUUAAUGGAUAUAUAUGUAGUUAUUAAUAAAAAUUAUAGUAGUCCCCCCCAGUUCAUCAAGUGGGCACUAAAGUGUUGGUUCCUAACUCUAUCGUAACCAAGCUAUAGGAAGCUGUGGUGAAACCCAUCAUCUACUAACUUUGAUAAAUUUCUAGCCUUUUAAAUACCAUCUUCACUCACCCUUUCCCUACUCAAUUUUCUCUCUUCCACCUCAAUUUUCAAAAUCAAUCUCUCUCUACUCAAUUUUCAAAAUACUCUUAUAUAUUAUUACAACUUAAUGGCUUUGGAAGGAGAAAUUACCACUUUGGAGCUCAUAAGGCAACAUCUUCUCAAUGAUUUUAGUUCAAUGGACAGCUUUAUCAACAGCCUUAACAACUGUACGGCCAAUAUUAAUACCCAAAACCAAACUCAUCAUAUUGAUCAUGAUUAUUCUUUCUCAUCGCAAAAUAACCAAUCAUUCAAAGUUCCAAAGAAAGAAACAACUAAUAACGAUGACUAUUGUGAGGAGGCAAAUCACAGUUUUGAGUUUCAAACCAAACCAAACACAUCAGUUAAUACCGGCGGCCACUACUCCAAACCCUCCAGUUUAAGCCAGCGCCGCCCCUCUAUUAAUGUAGCCAUACCACCGGCAACUUCUCCGGUGCCGGCGAAGGUUCCGGCCAUGUCAUCGUCGGCUUCUGACAACGCUCCUGACAGCAGACACUACCGGGGUGUAAGGAAGAGGCCGUGGGGGAAGUAUGCCGCCGAGAUUCGUGACCCCAAUCGCCGCGGCUCGCGCGUGUGGCUAGGAACCUUUGAAACCGCCAUAGAAGCUGCCAGAGCUUACGACCGCGCUGCCUUCAGGAUGAGAGGUAGCAAAGCCAUACUGAAUUUUCCUCUAGAGGCCGGCAGGUCGCCGAUGCCGGAGAGCACUGAGGUGCACGCGCCGGCCAAUUGUGCUGUUUUGAAAAGGAGGAGAGGAAGUGAUGAGGAUAAGGAGGUUAUUAGAGAAGCGAAGGAGUUGAAGAAGGAAGAAACGACGUCGUCGACAUUAACGGAGAGUACUACAUCGUCAAAUGAUCAUCAGGAGGUGAACUCAUCAGGGAGUAGUAACGGUAACAGUGCAGUUGUACCGUUAACGCCGUCAAAUUGGACGUCGGUAUGGGACAGUCAAGACGUUAAGGGGAUUUUUACUGUGCCUCCGUUAUCACCCUUAUCUCCUCACUUUUCUAUUGGAUAUUCUCAACUUAUGGUUAUCUGAAUCAAAUAAUAAUAAUAAUAAUAAUAAUAUGUUAAUAGCUAGGCUAGCUAUUCACAAUGGCUAGAAAAAGUCAAUGGGUAGUUAGGGUUUUAUGUGUAAAUAUACGUAUAUGUAUGUAUGAGUGGUAUUAAUUAUAGGUUCAAAUUAAGUAGUAUUUUUUUAGACAGCUUGCUUAAGUAUGCAAAAUGGCUGAUGUACUAUGAUGUAAGCACCACUAUUUAUAUGGUUGAGAAUUCAAUUUGUUUAUUAUUCCUUUA